GGGAAGGGAAGAGGGGACAGACCUGCCCGGCCGAGCCAUGGCGGAGAUCCGGGUGUUCCCCCUCUCCUGCGCGGUGCAGAACUACUCCUGGGGCAAGGUGGGCCUGGAGAGCGAGGUAGCCAAGCUGCUGACCAGUGGUGACCCCCUGGUCCAGAUCCAGCCUGACCGGCCCUACGCUGAGCUCUGGAUGGGCGCACAUCCCCGGGGCGAUGCCAUCAUCCGGGACAACCGCAUCCCCCAGAAAACCCUGGGCCAGUGGAUCGCCGACAACCCCGCCUGCCUGGGGACAAAGGUGAAGGACACCUUCCAGGGACAGCUGCCCUUCCUCUUCAAGGUGCUCUCGGUCGAUACUGCCCUCUCCAUCCAGGCACACCCCAACAAGGAGCUGGCGGCGAAGCUGCACGCCCAGUUUCCUGAGCACUAUCCUGAUGCCAACCACAAGCCUGAAAUGGCCAUCGCCCUCACCCCCUUCGAGGGCUUGUGUGGUUUCCGGCCUGUGGAGGAGAUUGUCUCCUUCCUCCAGAACGUCCCCGAGCUGCGGGCGCUGAUCGGGGAGGUGGCAGCGGAGCAGCUGGAGCGCAGUGGGAGCGACGACCCCCGCGGUGUCUCGGCCGCUCUCCGCGUGUGCUUCACCCGCCUCAUGAAGAGCGAGAAGAAGUUCUUUGUUGACCAGCUGAACAUGCUGGUGAAGAGGAUCUCCCAGGAAGCAGAGGAAGGGAAGGACACAUCAGGGAGCAAUGGGGAACUGCUGCUGCGGCUGCACUCCCAGUACCCAGGAGACAUUGGCUGCUUCACCAUUUAUUUCCUGAACCUGGUGAAGCUGGAGCCAGGGGAGGCCAUGUUCCUGGGAGCCAAUGAGCCCCAUGCCUACCUGCGUGGAGACUGUGUGGAGUGCAUGGCGUGCUCAGAUAACACGGUGCGUGCCGGGCUCACCCCCAAAUUCAUCGACGUGCUCACCUUGUGCGAGAUGCUCAACUACACGCCGGCCCCCAGCAGCUCCAAGAUCUUCCCAGCCGUGCAGAGCCAGCUGGAUCCCAACGUCUAUGUCUAUGACCCGCCCGUGCCAGACUUCGCCAUCAUGAGGAUAGAGAUCCCUGCCUCCAUCAAGCUGUACCUCAUCUCUGCCGUGGACUCUGCCAGCAUCUUGCUGGUGAUCCAGGGGACAGCUGUGGGCACCUCCACAGCGGCAGCCUCCGAGAUGUCUCUGUGUCGUGGCUCCGUGCUCUUCAUCUCAGCUAACGAGAGCAUCUCCCUCCACCUCUCCUCGCCGGAUGGGAUGCUGCUCUUCCGAGCCUGCUGCCUCCUCUGAGACACUUCUGUCUCCUCCUGGUGGAACACUUCCUCCCCAUCACUCCACGUUUGAGUAGAUAGAAACUGGUGUCGGCAAAGUCAUCUCGCUUGGAAGUUUCCCCUCCAUCUAUUAAAUCCCAAACCAAGCCCUGAUGUUUAGAAAGAGCAAUUCUAUAGACUGACUCCUCGGAUGUGGCACAGGGCUUUCUGCAGCUUCUGGCGGGCUCUUCCAAGCCUGGCUGAUGGCAGCCAGUGUCGCCCCUUCCCUGGCUGUAAAAGGGGGCUGCUUGGCAGGCUUGUGGAGUGGGAAAGCUUCCGAUGCCUUGAAUAAAGAGGUGACUUUGUCCUCAGUGCA